AUGAUGAUUAUCGAGAAAUAUUUCCUCGAUGAACUAUAACGAGUGCAAGUGUUCGAUGUAAUGUUUGAGGCAAACGCGGAACGAAAGACAUUUGCCACUGGUACGGUUUAUCCGCUCGGGUCAAAGUUCAAACAGGUUCGGCGCGAGCUGCUAGAGCAGACGUGCCCGCGCUGCGGUACCAAACUCGCUCAUUCGAUGAGCUGCGGCGCGCGCCUUACGAGUCUCGCGAACGCGCGAGGUCCUGUGUGACGCGCUUGAGUUCAGCGAGGGAACAGAACCAGAGAGACACUGGCGACUUCAGACGGUGUCGUCGACAACACUUUACUACCGUAACUGCUCGUGGUACUGAGUCACGUGUAUUAAAUAUUGAACGCGGACUAAUGGAAUAAUUACAGUAUGUUUUAACCUAUAGCGUUUUGUGUGUGUAUGAGAGAUAAUGUUUAUUUUACAAUUAGGAUGAUACAAUAAAAGUAAACAUUACGUUUUGUUACUUAAUGAAAUUGUGCUCAAAACAGUGUUCUUGUGCCACAUUUAAUUCAAUACGAAUUAAAAUGUAACACUGCUGAAAGUCUCUGACGAAAAACAAGGAUUUUAUUAUAGUAAAAGUACAGCGUAGUAGUCUAUACAGAUCUAGAGCUCGAGACAGAGUUUACUAAUACUACAUGGUUAAACUAGUGCAGGUAACGCCGUGGUUGUGUGUCGGAAGAGCUGAAGGACAUUGUCCGGCUGGUCACCUCAUUUCCGGUCACUAAUUUGACCGAGCGGCGGCAGAAACGACGCCACAUUUCUCUGUCGUGUAAUGACAGAAGAGCCGCUUCCCUUUGUUCACGCACAUCACCCCGUGUCUUUGUCCGUGGUUUGCGUGGGAGAAUGACGCAUUCUGUUGGUGAAUCCAGAGCCGCGCUACGGAGCGCUCCGGCCCAAUAGAGUUCACCAGAUUAUACCAAGAGAGACGGGAGGAGGUCAGGCGCUCGCCCGAACACCGCAGCUAGUUAUGAAUGAGCGCAAAAAAAGCGCCUCGAGCUGCCAGUACCGACAUUAAACACCCUUUUCCGCUUUACAGCAGCCGGUUAUCUUAAUGCUUCGUUUCUAGCGAAACUGUCAUACUUCGACGCCGACGCUCCCCUAUGCUUCCUCGGCAAUCCUCGCCCGGAGUGUGUUCGCGCCCCAUCGCGGCAUAAUAUACACAGAUAAAACGUUAAUUAUAAUUAAACACUGGAAGAUGUCCGUUCCGUUUUCAGCCGUGCGUCCUCGGACGAAAGGAGAGGUCACGCAGCAGACCAUACAGAAGAUGCUGGAUGAAAACCAUCAUCUGAUACAGUGCAUUAUGGACUAUCAGAGCAAAGGGAAAACAUCUGAAUGUACACAGUAUCAGCAGAUAUUGCACAGAAACUUGGUCUACCUAGCAACAAUAGCAGACUCUAAUCAGAAUAUGCAGUCUCUGUUACCAGCGCCUCCCAACCCCAAUCUAAACAUAGGACCAGGUGGCGGAGGUCAGUCUCUGCACGCUCAGGCUAAUAUGAAUGAUAAUAUGGCCACUGGCUUGCCACCCACCUCACUAAUGCAGAGCCAAAUGAGCAAUGGCCCCAGCCACGGCUUCACCCAGCAGCAGCCCAGCACAUCCAUGAGCCUGCCUGCCAGCAGUCAUGGCACGGGGCCUGGGUACAGCCACUCGGCACACACCUCUCAGGGUCAGGUGGCCUAUUCAUCCAUGGCCUCUCGUGCCAACCUCAACAUGCAGUCCAGCCAAGUUUCUAUGAUGCAUCAGCAAGGCAUUGGACCCCAUUACUCAUCCACCUCAGCAGGGGGUCAGCACUACCAGGGCCAGCAGACGGGAAUAAUGGCACAGGGAAACCAGGGGAACAGCAUAAUGUCACAAAGACCAAUGGGAAAUUAUCGUGUCCCACAACAAGGAUCAGCCCCGCAGUACAUGGGCCAGGAGGAGUUCUACGGAGAGCAGUAUGGACACACUCAGAGCUCCAGCGAGCCUGUUAGCCAACACUAUUACUCAGAUGGUCAUGGGGAGUAUUCCUAUCAGCAGUCUUCCUAUGGGGAGCAGAAUUAUGAGAGAUCCUUUGAUGAGUCGUCACAAAUCUAUUAUGAAGGAGUUUUUACAAGUUCAUCAAAUCACGGAAACGCUCAGUACAGCCAGCAGCAGAACCAGUACCAGCAGGGCUCCGGGACGCACCAGACCUACGGCUACGGCGCUCAGCCUCCGGGAUACGGUGGCGGACAUGCUCAGUAUCAGCAGGGUCAGAAUCAGCAGUACCCAUCAUACCGCUCCAUACAGCCGUCACAGAGGUCCUACUCUUUUGAACAGGGUCAGUAUGGAAACUAUCAGCAAUAAAGAGACGUGGCUUUUUUGUGUACAUCCCUCUUUACGCUGGACGCUGGGAAAACCGAGGAUUCUCCACCAGCCCUGUCUCACAGGCUUGCUACGGUAUCGAAAUCAAACUCUAUAUACACGGAAACAAAUUCGAUUUUUUUACAAGGGUCUGGAGUUUAUUUUUUAAAACUACUUUUAUCAUACAGGAUAUAUUAUUUUCUAUACCAGCACACUGAAGUCUCGGACACUUUUGCUUUUUUCUUGUUUGCUUGUUUUGCAUUAUAAGUUUUGUCAGUUGUCUGAAUGGAUUUAUGUUUUGAUAGCACAAAUAGAUGUUCUUGGCAUUUAUUUCAAAUUUAAAUACUGUAAUCAUACAUCUUAAUCGAAGAGAAGGCCAAAUUACAGACAAAUAGCCAAAGUUCAAAUUUUACACAUAUAAUAAGUUGUAUAUAGGUUUCUUUAUUGUAAUGCACACUCAUAUAGUACGAUGUUCUUCAACAGCGGUGUGAUGUUGUUCUCAUCAUGUUUUAGGAGACUGAAUGUUUAAGAUAUAGACAUGUUCAUGCCUUACUGUUGCUCUUACACUGUAUACUGUAUCAUAUGAACAAAAAAAAAGCAUUUGUAAAGGGGGUUAAAGAUGGAUCCACCCGUAAGGGGACAGCAUACUUCAAAACUGUGGAAAAUGGACAUUACAGAUAAUUAUCACUGGCUGUUAAACAGCUUUUAUACCAUAUUGCACAAAUAAUCUGUGACAAUCGCGGGAUACGUGUGUUUACUUAGCAAACUGUAUGGUUUACCUGUCAUUUGAGUAUGUAUAUGUAGUAUAUACACUUAUGUGAAAACAUUAGCAGUUAGCAAAAUUGUGAAGACAUUCGUGAUCAUUUGAACAAAUCUUCAUCUUCGCUGUUUUGUAAUAUAUGGGCUUUUAUUAAACUGAUAAACAUGACAAAUCAAAAACAAA